UGUGACGCGUGUCUUCCGCGCAUGCCUAAUAGCAACACGUGUGUUGUCGAGGGGAAUGCAUGCUGGCACCGCAUUCUCGUCUUGACAUUUAAAAAUCGACUUAUAUAUUAGUAAUUUGGAUUUUUAUUAGGUGUACAAACAGUUUGGAAAAUGGGAGGCGUUCAAAAGAAAAAGUUCGAUAGGGGAGCGGCCACCAACUACAUCACCAGGAACAGAGCCCGCAAGAAGCUGCAGCUCAGCCUGGCCGACUUCAGGCGCCUGUGCAUCCUGAAGGGCAUCUACCCCCAUGAGCCCAAACACAAGAAGAAGGUCAACAGGGGCUCCACGGCCCCCCGGACCUUCUACCUGAUGAAGGACAUCCGCUUCCUGCUGCAUGAGCCAAUCGUUGGCAAGUUCAGAGAGUACAAGAUCUUUGUCCGCAAACUCCGGAAGGCGUACGGAAAGUCUGAGUGGAGCGGAGUCACCAGGCUGAAGGACAACAAGCCCGUCUACAAGCUGGACCACAUCAUCAAGGAGAGGUACCCCACCUUCAUCGACGCCCUCCGUGACGUGGACGACGCCCUCUCCAUGGGCUUCCUAUUCUCCACCUUCGCCCGCACGGGCAAGUGCCACGUCCAGACCAUCCAGCUGUGCAGGCGGCUGACCGUGGAGUGGAUGAACUACGUCAUCACCUCGCGCGCCCUCAAAAAGGUGUUCCUCUCCAUCAAGGGGAUCUAUUACCAGGCCGAGGUCCUGGGACAGACCAUCACCUGGCUGGUGCCUUACCAGUUCUCCCACGACCACCCCACCGACGUGGACUACAGGGUCAUGGCCACCUUCACAGAGAUGUACACCACUCUCAUGGGCUUCAUCAACUUCCGCCUGUACAGCUCCCUCAACCUGGUGUACCCCCCCAAGUUGGACUCCAAGGCCAGCGGGGCGUUGCUGAAGGGGGAGGAUGACGGCGACUACGCCCUGGACUCUGAGAGCUACAUGGAGAAACUGUCGGCGCUGAGCUCCUGCCUGGCCCGGGUGGUCUCCUCCGUGGAGGAGGACGAGGCACAGAUGGACCACUUCCCAGUGGAGGGGGAGGAUGUGGAGCAGAUGGAGGCCAGGGAGAAGGAACACAAGGAGCAGGAGGCCCAGAGGAGGCUCUUCGAAGGCCUCAAGUUCUUCGUCAACAGAGAAGUGCCCAGAGAGUCUCUGGCCUUCGUCCUCAGGUGUUUCGGCGCGCAGGUGUCCUGGGACAAGUCUCUGUGCAUCGGCGCCGCGUACGACGUCACGGACGAGACCAUCACCCACCACAUCGCCGACCGGCCCAACAUGGAGAAGCAGUACAUCAACAGGUACUACAUCCAGCCCCAGUGGGUCUACGACUCCAUCAACUCAAAGAUCUGCCUCCCGGUGGAGGACUACUUCCUCGGGGUCACGCUGCCCCCCCACCUCUCCCCCUUCGUGGAGGAAAAGGAGGGAGACUACGUCCCCCCGGAGAAGCUCAGGAUCAUGGCCCUGCAGCGGGGCGAGGCCAUAGUGCAAGAUGAGGAUGAGGAAGACGACGAAGAUGAUGAUGACGAAGACGAGGAGGAGGAGGAAGAGGAGGAGGAAGAGGAAGAGGAGGAGAAGGAAGAUGAACAGAAUCUGAAGAAGAUGGAGACGCAGCGGUCCCAGGGCAAGUCGCUCUCAGUGAAGGUGACCCCCGGCAAGGUGAAGAAGGAGGACCGCGGGCGGCUGGAGCAGGAGGAGAAGGCGGAGGAGAAGCGUCUGGCCAUCAUGAUGAUGAAGAAGAAGGAGAAGUACCUCUACGACAAGAUCAUGUUCGGGAAGAAACGCAAAGUCCGCGAGGCGAACAAGCUGACCGCCAAGAGGAAGGCCCACGACGACGCCAGCAAGACAGACAAGAAGAAGAAGGCCAAGAAGCAGUAGCGGUGUGUGUGUGCGCCCGUCCCCCAGCGGGCAUCACGGGGCCGCGGUCGACGGGUCCCAGGGCAGACCGCUCCGCCGAGGGGGCGGGAGUGGAAGUGUUGGCGAGUGUGACAUCACUUCCUCUUUGUUUGUUUGAACUCUCUAUUUCCUACUUAUUUUAAGCUGUUGUAUACUUUACGUGUUGCUCUGUAAAAUAAAAGACUUAAUAAGUA